AUGUCCUCUCCGUCUUCUUCAGUGCCUCAUUACAGUUCUCUCCCCUCACCCUCAUCAUCAGUCUCUGGUCCUUAUUUUAUUACUCGCCCUGUGACAUCCACGCCUGCAGCCUUCGCCAUACGCAGACCAUGGGAAGAGGUAUUCGCCCUCUACUCUUUCACGCGACCUUACUCCAUCAACGAAGCAACUGUACGCGUGAAGCGCAACCUCAACCAUUUCCGAGUGAACUACUUCAUGAUCGUGCUGUUUGUAAUGUUCCUCAGCCUCCUCUGGCACCCGCUAUCUAUGAUCGUGUUUUUGGUGGCGCUCAUCGCAUGGUUCUUUCUCUACUUCUUUAGGGACGAGCCUGUGGUGGUGUUUGGCACAGCCAUGGACGAUCGAGCGGUGGCGGCCGCACUUACUGCCGUGACAGUUGUGGCUCUGGUGUUCACCCGGGUGUGGGUGAACGUGGUAGUUUCCGUUGUAGUUGGGAUUGCGCUGAUGGUGUUGCAUGCUGCCUUUAGGAGCAGCGAAGAUUUGUACAUGGAUGAACACGAGGGUUACGAUGGAGGGUUGCUUUCUUUCGUUGGGGCUUCCCCUACAAAACGAACUGGAGGGUACUAUUCUUAG